AUGUACUACUUGAAGCCUACUUUCAAUCUACUCUUCUAUUCCUUCGCUUUUGGCGGAACUGCUUUCUACUCCUAUGUAGCCUCUCCUUUGGCGUUCAAGCAUCUUAAUAGAGAAAGCUUUUCGGAACUCCAGAAAGUGGUGUUCCCAUAUUUCUUCCAGAUGCAUGCCGUAUCCCCAUUGAUACUGGGCUUGACUGCACCAAUGCCUUUACAGACGGGACCUCUUGUGUCGUUGGUCUCUGCAUCGGUUAGUGGGUGUCUAAAUUUAUUUUGGCUGUUGCCCUGGACUCGCAGGGUCAAGGAGGAGAGACAAGCUUUGGCUCAAACGCUACAGGGCGACGAGUUAGAAGCGCAAGACGCCCCGUUGAGAAAAGAAUUCGGGAAGUCUCACGGUCUAAGCCUUUUGUUCAACAUGACACACGUUAUCGGAAUGUUUGCGUAUGGUUGCUUCCUCGCUAGGGGCCUGAUUAGAUUUGUGCCCAAGUAG